AUGUCUCCAGCCCCAACCCCAAGCCUCCAACCCAUUGUCUCUACUCUCUACUCUCCACUACUCCGUGAGAAGCUGUGAAGCUAAGCUAAGCAACGCGCAGGGAUGAUGAAGCAGAGCACGAAGAAGGCGAGGACGGCGCCCGUAAUCGGGGGGAGGCCAGAUGUGCCCCGUGGCCGCGGAGAAGAAACGGUGGAAGAAUCCGCCAAUGCUUACACCGUCGAGGCGGACGGACUGGGAUGCGAGAUCUGCUUCGAACCUUUUGGUGAUCAGAUCUUCAUGUGCAAGAAUGGGCAUCCUGCGUGCGGAACCUGCUGCAUCCGCAUGGACCGGAUCUGCUUCUGCGCCGAGCCCAUCGGCGACAUCCGGUGCCGGCCGCUGGAGAAGGUCCUGGCGGCCAUGACCAGGCCCUGCACCUAUGCCAGUUACGGCUGCCGUGAGAUCGUCAGCUACACAGGGAGGCGGAGCCACGAGGAGGACUGCCCGUACACGCCGUACUACUGCCCGUUCGACGGCUGCACCUACCACGGCAUGCAGCUGUACAACCACAUACACGACCGCCACGCCGCGUCCGCCGUGGUCGUGCCCACGGGAAGCCGUCGCGUCGCCGUCAGGCUGGAGAAGAAGAUGCCCUUCCGCGUGCUCCUGCACGGCGACGGGGCCAGAGUUUUCCUCCUGCUCAACGGCGGCGAAGUCCUGUCCGGGCGCUCGCUGUCGCUCGUCUGCAUGAGCCCUCGCCCCAUGGGGAAAGCCGAGGCCAGGUACAAGAUGGAGGUGAAGCAUUGGCGGAGCGCCCCGGAUACGCCCGUGCUGUUGAGCUCCGGGGCCGCGCCCUUGGUCCGGCGGCUUAAGGAUUUCCAGGCCCGAGGGUUCCUGUUCGUCCCCGACUCCUACUGGAACAUCGGCGACACCGUCUCGGUCACGGUGCAUCUCACCGACGGCUGGUGAUCGAGCUCCGUGGCUGACGCUGCACGCCGGUUUGGUUGGUUGAUGGUUAGCUAGCUUGUUGUGUUCCGGUCAAGAAGAAGAACAGUGGAGUAGUUCUUGGUUCCUUUUGCCUUCUAUAUAGUUCUUGGUUCCUUCUGCCUUUUAGUACUUACCAACUUAGUUUGUGUCAGGGAUCUGCCCGGCCCUGUGAUAUCUUAGCAACAUGUUAUGUAUGGUAUGUGACCUGAAGUUCAUCGGUAUCUAUGUUGGCGUGUUAACCGUGUUA